AUGUUGAGAGAGAACAUAUUAUUUAAUUAAUAUUCAUUAUAUAAUUAUACAGAUAUUUAUUAAAUGCUUUCAUAAGUAGUGCUCAAGUAUGAUCCUUUUUUAAAAGAGAUAGAACUAUAUUCUAGGACAAGAAGGGUAAAUAUUGAUGUGAUCUAAGAGUUUGAAAGCAAUAAAGAAUUAAGGUUAAGAAUUGUAUGUUGUUUCAAAAUAAUGGCUUCGAUAAUGGAAAUACUACGUAGAGUAUAUUGAAGGGAUUGCUCCUAAUUAACAUCGAGAUUAAGUAUGAAGCGUAUUCACUAACUAGCCUGGAGCAUUAAAUAGCGAAUUAAUAUCAAAUGAGAAUUUUCUAUUAAAAUAUCCAAGGGAUCAUGCCUUUAAUUAGAAAAUAAUCAAAUUACAGCCUGAAGAUUAUGUUUUAGUAGAUUAUUUAUACCUAUUAUGACAGGUCAAUAAAGAAAUGAUUAAUUUUUGGGAAAAUGCAUAUGGUGCAGAUUUGAAAAUAGUAAGAUUAGUCCAUUUUAAUAAGCAAGGUGUCCAAUCAUCAAAUGUGAAUUUACUAAGAGUAUUUUAAAAUAAUUAAAUCAGCAAUCUGUUUACAUUAAUGUUCAAAACCCAAAAAGAGGAAUUCUUUAAGUGGAUGAAACUUGCCUCAUUAAAAAUUGGAUUUAGUUGUUAUGUGCAGCAGUGAAAAAUGAAUUCCAAAUUAACGUCGAAAAGAUAAGACUUUGGAAACACAAGUACUUCUAGGGGGAUUAUGCAAUUAAACAGUUGGAGGAACAUUAGGGACGUUUCAAUGGAGAAAUUUUGGAUGAAAAUCUUAAGGUUGGUGAUUGUAAAGCUGAUCUAAUAAUAAUUGAUAUUCAAACAAAUGGAAAAUGGCAAUAUGAUAUUUUAGAGAUGAAAGUAUGAAUUCUCCUAAUUUAGAUUGCCUGUUCUGAAUAGUUUAAACAUCUAUAUGAGAAAGCAUACAAAGGCUGUGGUAAAUUCAUUUGUGAUAAGGAUUAUUGUAAAAGUAAUCCAAUAUUUUCAUAAAUUGGGUUUGAUAAGAAAACUCUGUAGCAAUUUCUAAUUCAAUAAUUUAAGGAGGACACGAUAGAUUGGAAUAAUGUAUGUUGGAAUUAAGUUAUAGAAUAAAACCCCAUUUAAUCAUUUGAAAGUGAUAUCGUAGUUGCUUUAAGUGCAUUAUCUAAUUUUCCAAAUAGUUUUGGGGCUUCCUUCAUUCUUAACUUUAAUAAUUGUUAUGAUGUGAUUAAUUACAAUAAUCUAAAUCCUGAAUUAAAUUUAUAAGUUAUUUAAUAGGUGAACAAUGUAAUAAAUGCCAAAAUUCUUAGCUAAUGGGUGGACAAUCUGAUUGUAAACCAAAAAUAAAAUAUUUACUUUGUGAGAUCAAUUAUAAUAAUUAUGCAUUUCAAAUACUUCAAUCAUCUUUUACAUUAAGAGCAGAAUAGAAUUUUAGAAGCCUUUUUGACUAUGAGGGCGGAAGAUAAGAAUCUACUAUCCAAUUAUCUAACAAUUUUGCCUGAUGAAUAUUUUAUUAGAUACAUACAGACAAUUACAGAGAUAGUUGGAAUGUUUUUGAAAAAAGAAUCUACAAAAUAAAUUUAAUUAUUAAAAAAAUCUGAUAUCUAAUAUGUUCAAUCGAUGCUUGAACUUUUACAAGUAUUUUAUAAAUCUAACAUAAUUGUUAAAAGAUUAAAUCCAACUAAAUUCUAAAUAACAGAAAUUGCUAAAUUAUAUCCCAAAUAUGGCGAUUAAUUGGAAUAUUUCUAAUUCGAUAGUUAUAUUAAAAAUGAUUUAGAAAGAUACUAUUUUACAUUUUGUUAAUAUCCCUGGGUUUUACCAUUGGAAUUCAAAAAUGAAAUCCUAGCAAUUGAUUCAAGAAUGAACUAAAAACACUAUUUUGAGAGCUCAUUAAUGUUAUUAUAACCCUAUUUAAAGUUGUAGAUAGAUCGUAAUGAUGUUGUGAGAAGUGCAUUAGAAGCACUAUCAAGAGAUGAUAUUAAUUUAAAGGCCAAACUUCAAGUAGUAUUUUAGGGGGAACAAGGCAUAGAUCAGGGUGGACUAGCAAGAGAGUUCUUCUCGUUAUUGACAUAAAAGUUAUUCGAUUUGAAUUUUGGAAUGUUUGUUCCCAAAAAUAAUAAUUCCAUUUUGUGGUUUAAUAAACAUAAUAUGGAAAUGCCAAUCAAAUAUGAAUUGAUAGGUAUGAUCUUAGGAUUGGCUUUGUAUAAUCAAGGUAUAUAUAAACAAUAAGUAGUGAAUUUGGAUCUCCAGUUUCCAUAAGUCAUAUUUACGAAAUUGAUGAAUGAACCAACUAGUUUUGAAGAUUUAAAGGAAUUGGAUCUAGAAGUUUAUAAAGGACUUAACACUCUCGCAGAAUACACAUAAGACAAUAUUGAGGAAGUAUUUGCACUCAAUUUUACUAUUACUGAAGCAGUUUGGGAUGAAAUUAUUGUAGUUGAAUUGCUUGUAUAAUCUAUUUCACAUACAUUUAGCCUAAUGGAUCUUAAAUCCUAGUUAAUCAAAAGAAUAAGCAAGAAUAUAUAAAAUUAUGCGUCAAUUAUUAUUUGAAUGAGUCAAUCAAAACUCCAUUUAACUCAUUUAAGAAAGGAUUUUGGAGAGUUGUAGAGGGGAAUGGAAUUAAAUUAUUCUCAGGCUCUGAAUUAUAGCAAUUGAUAGUAGGAUAAAAGCAUUUUAAUCUGCAAGAACUGGAGGACUCAACAGAGUAUGAUGGUUUCGAUUAGGAUUCUGAAUAUAUUAAGUAUAAAUUAUGAUAAGUGCAUUUAGAUAAUUUUGGAGAUUCCUACGUUCUUUAAACGAGGAAUAAUAAAAACGCUUUUUGUUCUUCUGCACUGGUUCAGAUAGGAUACCUGUUGGUGGAUUGAAAUCAUUAAAAUUUUUGAUUUAAAAACAUGGAGAAAGUAUUGUUUGUAUCUAUAUUAAAUAAGAUUCUGAGUAAUUGCCUUCAGCACAUACUUGUUUUAAUGUAUUUUUAUUGCCAUAGUAUGAUUCUAUAGAGAAAAUGAUUACGAAACUAUAAAUAGCUUUGUAAAAUUGUGAAGGAUUUGGACUUAUGUGAUUUGAUAUAAUAUGAUGCUGCCAGC